UCUCAGGGAAUCUUCCAGAUCGUUCGCUGCGGUUGGAGGGCGAUUGUGAUUGAUGCUUGGAUGGAUGGAUGGAUGCAUGAUCUCCGGAUCCAACUGAAUUGGAAUUGAGGCAGCGCCUGCUUGAUCGAGAGGCAGAGCUCCCGAGUUUCUAGGCGUGACUCCAGAGUGGAAGCUGGAGUGUUUGCAUCCAAGCGGGUUUUGAGGAGUUGUUAUUGGAUCAGUGUUCUUGCUGAGAUGGGCUCUUUCAUCAACCAUCCCUGGCCUGGGUGAAGUGAUGUGAAGGUGACAACUCUCGAAGAUUGUUAAAGCUUCUUCGUUUUUUUUUCUUCUCCUCUGUUUGCUUUCUUUUUGGAAGUAGCAAGCAGCUCCUUUUUGACUAUAUAAUCUUCUUCUUCUCUCUCUCUCUCUCUCUCUCUGGACUUCUUUCCAGUCUUCUUCUUCCUUUGGAGAGGAUCCAUGGAGAUUGAAUCGGCUGGACAGCCUAGGCAGACGCUUAAGCAGAUGCUGCUGGACGCCAGCAAUUUCUCGUCCCCUCGCGCGGUGCUCGACGCCCCUUUCGACCACAAUUGCAGCAGCGGCAGCGAAUCCUACUACGCCUACGCCGACACAAUGAGCAUCCGCACAGGCUUCCUCCAUGAUCACCAUCGACACCACCACCACCACCACCACCACUUCCAUGAUCUUCUCGACGAGCGCCUGAAUUCCCACUCAAACACAUCGCCCUCGAGCAGCGGCAGCGAGGACAGCAAUCGCAGCGCCCGCUGCUUCACCGUCUUCCGCCGGCUGGGCACAUUUCCCAGCGAUCGACGGAGCUCCCGCAAGCUCCGCACGUCGAGCUUCAAGCUCAUGAGCAAAGUCGCGCCGCUGGCGGUCGAGUCCAAGAAGCUAAAAGGGGCCAAAUGGAAGCAGUUCCGAUACAGCGAGAUCGAGUCCGCGACAGGCUGCUUCAAUCCAGAGAAUUUGAUCGGCAAAGGUGGCUACGCGGAUGUUUACAAGGGAUGCCUGCCAAGUGGCGAGCUGGUGGCCGUCAAGCGCCUCACAAGGGGCGGUAAAGAGGAGCAGGGCACGAGUUUUCUCACGGAGCUGGGCGUCUUGGGCCAUGUUUCUCACCCAAACGCCACGCCCUUGCUAGGGUUUUGCGUCGAUGGCGGCCUCUUCCUCGUGUUCCACUUCCUCCCCCAUGGAAGCCUCGCCGCAAUGCUGCACGGUUCUCGGCUCAUGGAGUGGCCCGCACGCUUUAAGGCCGCGAUCGGGACAGCCAGAGGUCUUCACUACUUGCACUCGAAUUGUCGGCGCAGGAUCAUCCAUCGGGAUAUCAAGUCAUCCAACAUUUUGCUCGGGCCAGACUUUGAGCCGCAGAUAACUGAUUUCGGCCUGGCGAAAUGGCUGCCAUCGGAAUGGACUCACCAUACGGUUCCAGUGGAAGGGACUUUCGGAUAUCUCGCUCCGGAGUACUUCUUGCACGGCAUUGUCGACGAAAAGACGGACGUGUUCGCGUUUGGAGUGCUGCUCUUGGAGCUCGUCACCGGUCUAAGACCCAUUGAUAGCACUCAGAAAAGCCUAGUCAUGAAGGUGAGACCGCUGCUUGAAUCAGCUAACAUUCAACAGCUCGUGGACGGUCGCCUCAAAGGUGCCUACAACUUAAGCGAGGUGCAAAAGACCAUUCUUGCGGCACGGCUUUGCAUACGACAGUCUGCGAUAGCACGUCCAUGCAUGGCAGACGUCGUGAAGCUUUUGGUCGAAGGAAGGCCAGACCUCAAUCUCUCGACUCAAUCCCACUCUCUGUGGGACAAAUUCGACGCGGACGACGAGUUCGCGUUAAGUUUCCAGGGCAAAGACAUGAGCAAGUACAAGGCUCUGGCUUUUGAUUCUAGCGAGAGCCCGGAUCUUGUAUGAGAUCAGUUCUUGUUUUGGUUUUUGGAUGCAAAGUAAAACAUUCUUGACGCAAGCUGGCCCGUAAAUCUUAACUCCAAGAAGCAAGUUUUUUGUAA